AUGGAGAAGGUUCAGUCCAUGCUUAAGGCUAAGGAAAGUGGCAAUGACGAGGUUUGGAGGGCAAGGUUGAUGGAAAGUGAGCUUAGGGCCAAUGCUAGUAUUUCGUGGCAACAUUCGCGAACAUUAUGGCUUCGAGAAGGAGAUGCAAAUUCUAAAUAUUUUCAUGCUAUCAUGUCAGACAUACGUCGAAGAAAUACCCUUUCUUCUAUUUUAGUUGAAGGAAAUGUUGUGGAGGGAGUAUCUGAAGUCAUAGCAGCAGUUUUAAGCUAUUUUCAAAAUCAUUACCAGGCGCAUGAAAUUAAUAGGCAUAGGGUGGAUGAUAUGAAUUUUCGGAGACUAUCUGUUUUGGAAGGAAAUACUUUGAUUUAUCCUUUCAAUGAGAUUGAAGUUAAGGCUGCAGUGUGGGAUUGUGAUGGGUAUAAGAAUCCGGGUCCGGAUGGCAUUCCGAUGGAUUUUAUUAAAGAUUUUUGGUCGGAGUUGAAAGGUGACAUUAUGCGGUUUGUGUUGGAAUUUCAUCGCAACGGUCGUCCCUCGAAAGGAAUAAAUAGCACUUUCAUUGAUCUUAUUCCUAAGAUUGACAACCCGCAUCGACUGAAUGAUUUUUGCCCCAUUGCUUUGGUGGGAUGCUUAUAUAAAAUUUUGGCGAAGUUGUUGGCAAACCGUUUGCGUCAGGUUAUGGGAACGGUAAUCUCAGAUACUCAGUCAGCGUUUGUAAAAAAUUGGCAAAUCAUUGAUGGUAUUUUAGUAGCUAAUGAGGUGGUUGAUGAGGCCCGCAAGUUGAAGAAAGAAUUGUUAUUGUUUAAAGUAGAUUUUGAAAAAGCGUAUGACUCGGUUGAUUGGGGAUAUCUUGAUGAGGUUAUGGGGAAAAUGGCAUUUCCAACUUUGUGGCGUAAGUGGAUAAGGGAAUGUAUUAGUACGACAACUGCCUCAGUUCUUGUCAAUGGUAGUCCUACGGAUGAGUUCCAAAUGAAAAGGGGAUUGCGACAAGGCGACCCACUCUCUCCUUUUCUCUUCUUGUUAGCAGCUGAAGGUGUAAAUAUUUUGAUGACUUCAGCAGUGAAUUUGAAUCUGUUUACUGGUUACUCUAUAGGAAUGCACAAUCCCACUGUGCUUUCCCACUUGCAAUUUGCGGAUGACACGCUUCUUCUAGGUGUCAAGAGUUGGGCGAAUGUUCGCGCUUUGAGAGCAAUCCUGGUCCUGUUUGAGAAUAUGUCUGGUUUGAAUCCCAUUGGUGGUGAUGCUAGACGUUUAAGUUUUUGGGACCCGGUAAUAGAGCGCCUUAAAUCUAGACUGUCAGAAUGGAAAAGUAGAAAUUUGUCUUAUGGUGGCCGCUUGACUCUCCUUAAGUCUGUCCUGUCUUCACUGCCUGGGAUUGGUGGUUUGGGGGUAAGAAGAUUACAAGAGUUUAAUAUUGCUCUUCUUGGUAAAUGGUGUUGGAGGUGUUUAAUGGAUAGGGAGGGCUUGUGGUUUAAGGUGUUGUCUUCUCGUUAUGGGGAGCAUAGAGGUCGGUUGAGGGAAGGUGGUGCGACGGGGUCAGCAUGGUGGAGGGAGAUAGUUAAAAUUCAAAAUGGAAUUGGUGUGGAGGGUGGUAGUUGGUUUGAAGACUUAUCAAUUCAUAAGGAUUUGUCGGUGGGGGAGAUGCACGCGCUAGGGUGGGGUGAAGAUGGGGAGGCUUGGAGGUGGAGGCGUCGUUUGUUAGCUUGGGAGGAGGAGUUAGUGGUGGAGAUUAGGAAUUUGAUUACUAACGUUACUUUGCAGGAAACUGAACCAGAAGUCUGGCUUUGGCGACCUAAUAUUGGUGAUGUGGAUCAAAUGCUCAUGCGGCAGGAGAUGCACAACCACAACGUCAUUUCGGAUGCUCCUUGGCAUAAGAGUGUUCCUUUGAAAGUUUAUAUUUGCGCUUGGCGUCUUUUCCGCAAUAGAUGGCCAACAAAGGAUAAUUUGGUGCGGCGAGGUGUUAUUACUAAUGAUACCCAAUUAUGCGUUACAGGAUGUGGAAAAAAUGAAACAAUUGAUCACUUAAUUAUUCAUUGUCCUAUUUUUGGCGACUUAUGGCAACAAAUUAAAACUUGGAUUGGUCUGUUUUCUGUGGACCUCCAACAGGUUUUGGACCAUUAUUAUCAGUUUGUUUAUUCUUCAGGUGGUUAUACUUCAAGAAGGUAUUUUCUUCAAUUGAUUUGGCUUUGUGGUAUUUGGGUUCUUUGGAAUGAAAGAAACCAAAGACUGGUUGCUAACACAGCAAGAACAACAGUGCAAUUACUUGAGAAGGUUAAGAUUACAUCUCUCAAGUGGUUGAAAGCAAAAAAUGUGUGCUUUCCAUUUGGUUAUCAUAUGUAG